AUGGCCUUCCCCUCUUUCACAUGGCCUUUCCGCCGCCGAGCCGGCCCAAGCAAACCCUCCGCCGCGGAGGGGAAGGAGGAGGACGCGGAGGCGCUCGGCGUGACGCCGCAGCUCCUCGACUUCCUCCGGACGCUCUCCCCCGACGCCUUCAAGUCGUCCGCCCUCCAGCUCCACCAAGGCACCCCCUCCUUCCUCCCCUCUCGAUUCCGCCCCCCUGCUAGUUCAGUCUCGAUUACUGACGGUGAUGCGCCAUGUUGUCUCGCAGGGGCCUCCGCGGAGGCGGCGGGAGAGCUCUCGGACUGGCAGCAGCGGCACGCCGUCCUCGUGCUCGCCAGAGCCAAGGAACUCGCUAAGGUCCGCUAUGAUCUGUGCCCACGCCACAUGAAGGACAAGCAGUUCUGGACAAUCUACUUCCUGCUCGCCAGGACCUACAUCUUGCCGUACGAGUUACGUGCCAUACAAAAAGAAAAGGUAAGAAGGAUGGAGACAGAGAACGGAAAGUCAAAAGAUGUGAUUGCUGUUGAGGUGGAGAUGCAGGAAUCAAAAUGCAGUAGAGAAUCUCAAACGUUACCAGAUGAUUCAGAACCUCAGGGUUCAUAG